ACUUGGGAGAAUUUCCAAUUAAAAAGAGACGAAGAUGACAAGUCCAAAUUGCAUGUUGCUUUCAACGACAGCAGAAGAAAGUCCAGCGACCAGGCAUGUUUACCUUUGCGAACUCAUCAAUCAAGAAGAUCAAGCCUAACCAUUCUAACGAAACGGGAGCGAAAUAGAUCUGAUCCAUCACUGAAUAACUCAUGUGAAGUGCUUUCAAUCCGUGAGGACAGCGCUUCGGUGAGCAACGCAUCAUCGAAGUCCGAAAAGGCGAAUGAAAAGAUCGCCGCUAAGUUCUACCCAGAAGCUCGUGGAAGUUCGAGUUUUAUCGAAAGGAACGGCAGAAUCAGUCUCACUGUUAUAGUACAGACGAUUAAUCAGGUUAUGGAACGAAAUGGUGUUGUAAGACUAUGCGAGCUGGCUUUAAACAUUGCUGAUACCCUUCUCCGAAUACCUAUCGAUCAGUCUGAGACGUUUUUCUCCCAGCUGACUAUGAUGAUCUUCAGGUAG